AUGUUCUUUCGACGCGUGUUUUCGAAGAAUGGGUCGAGUUCGUCGUCGAGUGCCGGUGAAGGUGCUGGUGGUGGUGCGGGUGCCGGCCACGGGCACGGGCACGGAAUGUCGGUGAGCGUCCCGACCGAGUCCCCGGCCCGGUACCGUCGGGCACUGAACGUGGAGAACAACCACCGGGUGCUGUCGGUGCUGCAGUUGACCCCGCUUUGGGAGUACAUUAUCCGCAACAACGAGCUUCCGGUGGGCCUCAACAUGAACGAGCUGUUCCGGGAGUUCCUGGAGCGACUGCACGACCCCGAGUUCCAGGUACGCCAGCACGCGCUUCGCGUCCUGAUCGACGUGAUCAUCGUGCUGCGCGAUGAAACGGACGUGUACUUUGGGCCGCUCCUGCCACCGAUCAUCGACAAUCUGGGCCACCCGUCACCGGCCGUCCGGAAGGGGGCGCUGGACGUGCUGAAGGUGUACAUCGCUCAGACGAAGCUCCCCGAGACGGUCAUGCUGGAGAUCAUGAACUACGGGAUGGACCGCAAUCCGAAGGAUCCGCUCGCCAGCCGGUACAUCGUCGGCGUGAUGCUGGCCCUGCCGUCGCUCAUCCAGCCGGCCAUCCUGACGGCAAAACGCACGUUCAUCCUGCGCGCCGUCAUCAACGCACUUGGCGGCAAGAUGGUGCAGAUCACGUACCAGGAGAUUGCGCUCAAGAUCCUUCUGAAGAUCAAGAACGCGAUCGGAUCGCGCGAGUUCUACGAGUGCAUCUCCGUGGCGUACCGACGUGACUUUGACCUACUCUGCAACGUGUACGGCCUACCGAAUCCACCCAAAAGCCCCCGGCGGGACGUAACGGCGGGAGUGCCGGAUAGUGGCGGCCGGGAACUGGCCGCGGGUGGCAAAAGUUGGAAACCGCACCAGGUUCCGCUGUCCCCGAAAGCACAACGCUGGAAGUCCGGCAGCCAGGGAGACCUUCCGCGGGCCACCGGGUACGAUCCGGCGAGGACACACGCGGACUACGCCCUGACCAGGAGCCCCAGCGGACAGGCGCUGCUGAGGCGCGUCAGCUUGGACCAGCUCGACGACUCGUCGAAGGUGAUCCUGGAGACGGAGAUUAAAAUCAACAAGGAGUCGGUCACGAUGCGCAUCCUGGAGGCGGGUCGGGGGGACGGAACGACGGGGCCGGGAGGCCACUCGAGCGAGGAGAGUGACGAAGACAACGUCACGGGCAGCAAGCGGUUCGGGGUGGUCCGAGUGCUGACCGACAGCGAGCUCGAGGACAGUGUGACGGUGAAGUCGAUCGCGGCCGCGGGAACCCCGUCGUCCUCGUCGUACUACCAGCCACAGGACCCGCUGUCGGCCUCCACCGACACGGACUACGUACGGCGGACGCCACGCCGGGUGCGCUUCGGUGGGGAGAUCGUGAAAAUGCGAACCCCGGACAGUGACACGUUCGAUCAGAGCGAUCAGGACCCGGGGUCGUCGAUGGGCGGCUCACAAUCGUCCACCAACAGCUCGAGCUUCCUCACCGCAAACCUCCCCUCGGAGAGCAUCUCUUCUCCGGCACGGUCCACGUCUUCGAUGCCUUCCCGGUCUUCCCUCAAAUCCGCCUCGUCCGCUACGGACCGCAGUGCCGGUGCCGGAGCCCUGAUGCGAAGGCAGUUCUCGCAGUCGGCCGACACGGAACGGUCGAGUGCCUCGAUGGGCGCGAUGACCUUCGAAAACGACACAUCCUACGUGAGUUCCAUACUCACGGCGGACGGUGGAACGUCCACCACCGAGCCGCCCGAUACCGGACGACGGACGGAACCGGAAAUGGGAAACGAGCAUUCGGCACCAGCAAGUCGACCCAAAUCAUCCCUGGCCAGCCGGCCCAAGUCUGCCAGAACUCCGCCACCACAUCCGGACCCGACCCCGGCUCCGGAAACGCCCGACAAUCAGAGCCAUCAGGUGAGCGAACCACCAGAACCACCGGCAACGGCCAACUCCGUGCUGGCCGAUAAGAUCGAGGAGGUCAAGCAGGCCAUCCAGGGCAUCGAGGAUAAGAUUAACAAUGUGGUGUGCCUGAAAAAGGCGGACUCGGCCGACGCGGCCCAGCAGCCGGUGGCUGCGCCCAGGACCCCGAAGCUGGAACCGACGCUAUCCCUGGAGGUGUUGCUGAAAACGACCGACCCACCGACGGACAAUGCCGACAACUUCGAGCUGAGUCCCUCGCAGACGGACCCGGACCGGAAGGAUUACACCAAGGAACUCAACAUUGACAUCCCGAGCGAGGAGAAGCUUCAGAACACACCGCCACCCGCCAAGACGGACCCACCGACGACGCCGCCCAGACUGGCCGUCCGGUCCGGGAUUCCCCGGCUACACACGAUGCCGUCACCGAAAACGAUGCGCAAAGCACAGGAAGGUGCCACGGCGACGCCCAAGUUGCUAACCCCGGACGAGCCACGGGGUCGCUCUCGACUCCGGACCCGCUCGGCCACAUCCACGGCCCUCAAGCCACCGCGCAGCGUCUACAUCAGUCCGUCCUCGCUCAGCCCAGCCCCUCACAGUGGCAUCGAGAUUAUGCACAACCUGCUCCGAAGCCCGUCCACCUCGCCGCACCGGACACGCCGGAAGAGCUCCGGCGGUGGCAAGUCGAUCGAUGCGCUCACGCUGAGUGAUAACAACAACAACCAGCUCGCCCUCGAACUUGGCCCCGAAGGUCGGAACGACAAGUGCAUCAGCGUGAACGAGGAUGACAUUUUCGAUGUCUUCGGCAAAACCAUUGCGACGCAAACGUCCGAUGCCGAUGAGCUGCCGCCGACCUUCGUGCCCUUUAGCCGGGCCCCGUCCUGGAUGACGCUGAAGGCGGACGGGACUGGAGGAACCACGGAAUCGCUGGACGUCCGCAACGGCAACCUAGGAAGCCCGGCCAGGAAUGUGUCGUCGCCAAAGGGUUCCGCUGCCGAAAAGCAGCGGAUCGUCAGUUCCUGGGAGGAUCUGGAGAUCGUCGACCGACUGUCGCUGUUUCAGCUGAAAAGUACCGACUGGCGAUUGCGGUCCCAAGGUUUCUGUCGGCUCGAGGAAGCUCUUAAAUCUUCGGAUAAUCUAGCGAAAGUGCAACCAUACCUGGAGUCGCUGCUUCGGACGCUGUUAUCAUCGGAACGGAAUCACGAUGUCAUUGACGAUAGGGUACGAAUGCUGGUCAACCUGGUGUCACGGCUCCCGCUGGAGAACCUGGAGGAUCGCGUAGGACAAAUCAUGACGGGCCUGUGCCGGACGGGUGGCGCCGGUAGCAAUACCGUGGCCAAAGCGCUGAUGCAACGGCUACCGACGGCCGCCAUCGUGCAGCGGUUACUAUCGGACGACUUCCUGCAUGCCAAAAACUCCAAGUUCCGCGAAAAUGCAUUGCAAAUGGUGCUGUUUGCUCUAAUGACAUUUCCCAGUACGUACUUUGACAUCAAAAGCCUCAUCGGCCGGGCCACCGAAGCGGCGUUGGACAGGAAGAAGCGCGUUCGACAUGCUGCCUUGGAUGUGUUGGCCGUGCUGGGACAAAUUAGCUCGCCUAAAUUGGUCCUAGACGUUGUCUGCACCGCGGUCGGCAUUCGCCCGGAAGGUAACCAUCUGAUCACGGCUGUCAAGGCAAGGCUGGCCCGGAAACAGCUUCCCUUUAUCGGCCCGGACGGCAGCGUCGAAUACGCCCUGAAGGUGCCGUCCAAUCGGACAAACGCGGUCAUCAUGUUCGGUGCGGACGUGGACUGGAUAGAGGCCGGCAGUGGGUCCGCUUCGCCGACCUUCGACCACCGGGCCCUUACGUCCGGUAGCAGGAGCAAGCAGUAUCCUAGCUUUCAAAUCGAAAACAGUUCCUCGGAAGAAAUGAGGCCGAAACCUAGCUUUCAAGUGUGCGAUGAGAUCAAGCAACCGAUUGCGUCUUCGAAGGUGAUCAGUUCCGGGUGGACGUCCAAAAUACCGGUUUCAUACUCGGACAAUUUCCCCAGUGGGGCGCAGCCACCAUCAUCCAAUGUUCCUCGUGCAAUGAUGUACGGCAACGGCAAAUCUUCCCGCUCGUAUCCGGAACUUCUCGAUGCAGCGAACGAUCGAAAGUACGGUGGCGCGGGCGGUGGACUCCGAAAGCCGGAUUUUAGUCUAUCCGGCAUACCGCAAUUUCCCCUGGGCGGAAAACCGGCUCGACACUCGACCAUCGCACCAUCAAAACUUCCUGAAAUGGACCACCAAAGGAUGGGUGUUAAAAUCGGCAAACCCAGCAACCCGUACGAAGUGAGGACACCGCGAAUGCGCGGCAAGCUGUACUCUCGCAAUAGUGACGGCUUCAUGAGCGACACUAUCGCCAGCGUUAAUAAGCAAGUCCACACCGACAUUCGUCCUUCGACCGAUCCGGUAGUCGAACACGAAGGCUUACGUCAGUUAAAGUGCGGCAUGCGGUUCUACAACCCAAAUUUGGUGGGAAGCGGCACAAACAGACAACAAAUCACGGCGCAUGAGCAGGACCAGGCGGCAGACCAGCGGUCCAAUUGUACGCCGUGUAGGUACGGCGGCCGACACAGCCGAGGCAACAGUGCGAACGGUGGAAGGGCUACGCCACGCCGCACACGCUUCCUGGAGGAGGACCCCCAGCAACCGGCGGAGGCCAAUCCGGCGGGCAUCAAUCAGGAGAGCUACACCAUUCGGCGGGACGAAGAGUACGACAGCGAGCAGGACGAAAAGUCAAGCAACGAUUCGACCUCCACGAGGAUCAUUUCGAACAGUGUGUUCAAUUUCGGUUCCGGCCACGAUCGCAGUCGACCACCGACGACCACCGCCUCGAGACCACCGUCCGGUGCCGGUUCGCUGAAGUCGCUCAGCUCGGGAAACCUUCGGAGCCAGCAGUACGCACCGGAAGGGCGCGGAUCACGUUCCAGCAACCUUUUGUACGGUACGGGCACCGCGCCGAUCAUCAAACACCAUUCCACGGACAAUGUGUCACUCAGAUCGACCCGAUGCGAACUGGACGGCAUCAGCUCGAACCAGGUACAGUACGAGUCCGACUACGACGACGACGACCAGGACGAGGACUACGACCACGCUGACCAGGAGCAGGAGCGUAGGAAAGCCAGCGCCGGUGGCACUCCGAAGCGCUACCCAACGCCCAGCCCACUGCCUUUGCGGGGGGCCACCGCCUGCUCCACCGACAAUCUGCCGGACGCCGACAAGAGUGCGGACGAAGACUACGAAGAGGAGGAAGCGUUUGAAGAAAUGGUCGCCCCGAAGAGCCGCGCCCAAUCGGCUAGUAUGGGAAACUUGGCCGUGGCGGUUCGUCGCGACCUGGAUGACGACGCUGACGGGAGCGAAAUGCUUGCGGAGCCACCACCACCACGCAGACCUGCGGCGGUGGCGCCGGUGGCACCGAGGAAAAUCCUUAAAAAACCGUUCCUCGAGCGUCGCAGCAGCAAGGUGGCCCCGGCGGUCAAGGACGUGGUGUCGAGCGUGAAAGCGAAAAACAAACUGAACGAGGUGCUGUUCGAGAAAUCGCUUCGUCGGUUCGAUAAACCGAGGGACGCGCUCGCCAACUGCCUGACGCACCUCGAGAGCCCGAACUGGGAACAGAACAUCAGCGGGUUGCAGUUCUUCGUGCGGCUCAUCCGGCACCAUCCGGAAGUGAUCGACACUCAGAUUCACCUGCUAUCGGUGGCACUGUCCAAACAGGUGCGCAACCUGCGCUCGCAAGUGGCCCGCACCGCGUGCAAAGCCGCGUCCGAAUUCUUCACCACCCAUCGGCGCUGCAUCGAGGGGGAAGCGGAGGAUAUUGCUACGCAUUUGCUGCACCGGACGGCGGACACGAACAAGUUCCUGCGGGCCGACGCAACGCAGGCGCUCGAGUCGAUGUGCGAGAACUUGUCCGUGGCCAGAGUGGUGCACAUCGUGGCGUUCAAGGGUGCCACGCACCAGAACGCGGUCGUGCGGACGACGGCGGCCAAGCUGCUCGAUAAGAUUGUGACGCAAAUUGGGGCCGAAAAAGUGUUCGGGCUGCCGAAGGAAACGCGCGACAAGCUGAUACUGACUGGGGGUCACUUGCUGCUGGAGGGUUCGCUCGAGACGCGGAACUACACGAAGAACAUGUUCAAGAAGCUGGCGGACCACCCGCACUACAGCAAAGUAUUAUUGGAGGUGAUACCGCAGCGGACGUAUCGGAACAUAGAGAAAGCACUCAACAGCAUCCGGCAAAUGGCCUAA